GCGUUUUCAAGCAGAAGCCACACAAUUUAAAGAAAAAAUUAUAAACUCAUUUUGUAACUUUAAUGCGAUUUACAUUUAUGCCCAUGUACAAAAACAACUCGUCACAAAGGUUUGACCUUGUAAACAGGGUUUUCAGAAGAACAUCAGCCAAAAUUUAAUGAAAUUGUCUGUGGAACAACCUCACAUAGUAAACAAAAGUCAGCUGUUUUUGCUGUAUUUUCGCAAACACAGACCUCAGACAUAAUAACAAUGUUUAUACAAGGUUCUAGAUUUAUAAUAAAGCCGAAAUUAGUUGGAUUUCCAAGACCAUUUUGUCGUUAUUUGCAAUACAAUCAAGGACAGUCACCAGAGCCAAAAAUUCGCGAGUACUUUUACUAUAUUGAUCAUGAGGGAAUGCUAUUUUUGGAUGAUGCCAAAAUGAAAAACUUUACCAGUUGUUUUAAGGAAAAGGACUUCCUAAAGUUCUUUUUCAACCGCCUGCGACUGAACAAAACCAAUAGAUAUGAAAGCGAUUUUCCUUACAUUUCCCUUUGUGGAAGGGAAAGGAAUUUCAUAAGAUGUGAUGACACGCCCCUUGUGUUUACAGAACAACUCAAAAAGGAUGAUAAAGACGUGCUUAGCUAUGCGCAUUCGGGACAGGUCCUAACUCUGCCCUACGAACCCCACAAACUGUACAUGGAUCCGCGAAAUGGAAGAGUCUAUCAUCCAGCAACGCUACAGGUGGGCGGCAUUGGCCUGGUCCGCUCCAAACUGGCCAUAGAACUGAGCCAGCACUUUGAGUUUCCGACCGGCGAGGCUUCCCCCACACAUUUUCGAUGGAACGGAGUGCGAUUGAAGCUGGAGAACGAUUGGGUUAACAAUACCCAGCGAUUCCCCAUGAAUGAGGAGUGUAUAUAAUCGAAUAACUUUAAUGGAUUAAAAUUGAGACAACGUUAGUACUACUUUUAUAACUUA